AUGCAAUUUAUCAAAACUUUCGCUCUACUAGCUGUGAUCUAUGCUGGUAUGAUUUCGGCCCAAGUGCCUAUUCCAUCGCGUCCAGAUGGAUACGGAGUUGGCGGUCCAGCUGAUGCUCAUGUGGUUGUGGAGAUGUUUCUCGAUCCGCUGUGUCCAGGUUGUAAGGCAGCAUGGCCUACUCUUUUACAAGUAAUUCAAGCUUAUGGUACAAGAAUUCAUGUUCGCAUUCAUACGUUCCCACUUCCAUAUCAUACAAAUUCGUUUGUUGCCUCACAAGGCUUACACGUUGUUGCCAAUGCAACCAGUCGAAACCUUGAUUCCAUCUUCCGGUACGCUACUAAAAUCUUCGAAAACCAACAGAUGUGGUACAAUGAUGCAACCAAAUCAAUGACCAUGCCAGACGUCAUCAAUUCACUCGCUGCAUUCGUCGAUAAGACUGGUCUAGUUCCAAAAGAUAAGUUUCUCAAUGGAAUGAACAGCGCUGACAUCAACGACAAAACACGUAUCUCAUGGAAAUACGCUUGUUCGCGAGGUGUCGUUGGAACUCCAUCAUUCUUCAUCAACGGUGUUAUGACCGGUGCAAGUUCCGCGUGGUCACUUGCCGAUUGGAAAUCUGUCAUUGAUCCAAUUUUAGCAUCGAACGAACAGAUCUCAUCACCAGUGAAAGACUGUCCACCAGGACAAAAGUCGUGCACGUAUGCUCCACAUAAAGUUCAAUGCUGUCUCGAUGGCGAAAGUUGCAUUCCAAACGUCGGUUGCCGUUGUUUCAACUCGAAAAAUGGCAACAAAUGUGCGUGA